UGUGUGUGCGUGUCUAUCGGCCGUGACCGAGUGUAUAUCUAUACCUAUUGAUGUCUGUGUGUGUCAUGUUUAGCCUGCUGCGGCGCUGUUUUUGCUGCUGCUCCAGGCAGCAGUAGCUUUUGCUUUGUUCGGUGGUGUUAUUAUUGUUGUAUCAGUCAGCGAUGAGUGCUACUCUCUGUGUUCGAAGUGAAUUUUUGCUCGUUUCGACGAUUUUCAACGUCAGGAUUUGACCUUAAACAGCGAGACGGCGUGAAGGACGACGACUUCAAGGAGUUGCGACGCUGCAGUGGCAACGGGUUGUUCCAGCGAUGGCUGAACUGCCAGCAUGUUAUUUGUUUUCCAGUCAGUUGGUCGGCCAGCAUCAGCUAGUCAGUCAUUUAACUGGCGGGGCAAAGCUCACUCGUGAUUCUUCUAGUCGUGUACAGCGCUGUCGGCGUGUGUGCCCGGCGUGAGCGGAGUGCUGCUUUGCAUGUGACGGCUGUUGUGUCGAUGGUCUGUGUGUCAGCAGUCCACGGUUGUCUGUGACUUCCGGAAGUGGGCAUCAUCGGCAUCGGCCUAUUUGCGGGUCAUCGUGUCUCGCAGCUCUGCUGCUGCCGCUGUCAAGCAGCAGCAUCAUGGUCAAGGAAGAAACAACGCAAGAGGAAGGCUGCUAGCCAGGCAGUCAAACAGUCAAGCAAGCUAGUUCUAUUUAUUUGCCUAUAUGUGCGGUAACAAACCAACAUUAGCUAUUACCAAUACUACGGCCACUAACGAGGGGGUUCGAUGAAAUUUGGGCCACACUCGAAGCCCUCCUGAGUUUUUAGUGUAUGGCGCGUGCUUAAAUGCCUUAAUAGGAUGAGUGAACACAUAGACUCCGCUAGAACGAAACACCGGUUUGAAUGCACAAAAACAGAAAAUGGGGUCAUGCUGUGAUCACACUCGCAUUUCAGGCAUGGCCUUAGUGUAAUUUCAGGGUCAUUAUUUCAAUGCUGUGUGAAAUCUGUUAUUUGGGUAGCAAGAUCUCGGUAAAGUGCUGUUGCAGAUUUUUGUGACUGUAGUUGGUGUGAGGUGAGAUGAAAAUCCAGCUGUGCCUCUAAAGCAACAAGGUUCCGUUUACAAUGGGAGGGGUCAACGACGAGCCAGCGUUUUUGCCGGUCGGCACAGAGGUGUCUGCAAAAUAUAAAGGAGCUUUUUGUGAAGCUAAAAUAAAAAGGGUUCAACGCUCGGUAAAAUGUCGAGUAUCAUUCAAGAGUAUGCUAGGAGGUACCGUUGUUGUCGGAGACGACCAGGUACGUGGGUUUCUUAAAGUGGGCGCGCUUAUUGAAGCAAAACAUCCUGACAAACCCGGUGCCUUCCAAGAGGCGACAGUUACAAAAAUUAUCGACCAAAGCCAAUAUACAGUUGUUUUUGACGAUGGCGACGUAACGACACUACGGCGAAAUUCGCUUUGCUUGAAAAGUGGAAAACACUAUUCGGAUGGCGAGUCUCUUGAUCAGCUUCCGCUAACUAAUCCCGAGCACUUUAGUGCGCCAGUCGCUCCUGGCUCGGUUAGUUCCUCGGGCGGAUCAGGAAAUGGGUCCAGUACUGCCCAGGCAAGGGACUCCCCUGCCGGCAAAGCCCUUAACUCGGGCUUGGCGCCAUCACAACGCAAGAAGCGAACGGCCGCCAGCCUGGGGGAGUUUCUCUGCCGAGAGGGCGGCGCUGCCGAUGGCGGAAGUAGCCAGGAAGACGACGAGUUAGAGGCUACAACGCCACGAAGAAAACGCCAACAGCAACAACAACAGCAACAGAACAGUAAUACAAAUAGCAAUAAUAGUGCCCAAACACAGCAGCAGCAACAACAGCAAUCGGCCUUACAGCAGCAGCAGUCACAGCAGCAAAAGACCUCAAGGAGCAGCUCGAGGGAAAGCGUACGUGGAAACGGAGGUAGUAAGGUGCCAAUAGUUGCAGGGACUGUGGUGCUAGUAGAGGUCGAGAGACGUGAGGAGAAGACUCCACGAGGUAGCGGAGCAUCUGAAACCCACCGUGGAAAACGGGACACUGGCUUUGCGGCUCCGGCGCUCAUCAUACGUGAGCAGUCAGGUGUCCGGAAGGACGAAGUGAGGGUCAAACUGUUCCGCGAUGGGCAAAUGGUGACGGUUCCGAAAAAAGAUAUACAGGAGUUUGAUCGUAAACAAACGACGAUGAAAGGCCAUCCACAAAAAUCGGCCAUUUUCAAGGCCCUGGUCUAUCUAGAGAAAAAUGAUCUACCCCAAGGAUGGAGCCGAAAAGAACUGCUUGAUGAAAACGCUGAAGAAAAGGAUGACGAUAACCAAGUUGACGAUGAUAAAGAUAAUAAAAGUAAAGUUGAUAACAAAGAUGAGGACAGCAGUAAGGAUAAGGAAAUAGACAAUAAAGGCGAUUCCGAUGAGGAAGAAAGUGAAUCUGAAGAUGAAGUGAAUUCAGAAGAACGUGAUCGCUUCGUGGCUCAGUUGUAUAAAUUCAUGGAAGAGCGAGGCACACCAAUUAAUAAGGGACCUGUGCUCAAUGGCAAAGACAUUGAUCUACACCAACUCUUCUCUUUGGUCCGAAAAAUUGGUUCGUUUGACAAGGUUACAAAUCUAAACCGAUGGCGUGAUGUGUACGCAAAAAUGUUCAAGGAGCCCAAGGCGACCCCGGCUCAGGGUCAGCAGUUGAAAGGCGCCUACAAAAAGUACCUACAGGGAUUUGAAGACCUUUACAGAAAACUUGGUAUGGACUCGCACCUGGACGCCAAGGCUAGCGGGUCGGGCGGUGCGCGGAGCCAGCGGAUCAUGACGCGUAACAAACAGCCACCGGUUAGUGCUGUUAAGGCCGGCGGUCGACAGGAGCGUAAAGCUGCCACGCCACCGCAGCCGCCUGAUUCGCCCUCGUCGGCGUCCAGUGGCAAACGCGAAAGACUGCAACAGCAUAAGGAAGAACUUCAAAAACAGCAGCAGCAGGAACAGCAGAAACAACAGCAAAAGGAGGAGCUGCAGAAGCAGCAACAGCAGCAGAAGGAAGAACAACAGCAAAGACUGCAACAGCAACAGAAGCAACAGCAGCAACAGCAGCAGCAGCAGCAACAACAGUCAGAGAAGGUAACGGAAAAAGAAAAAGAGUCGAUAAAGGAGUCAACAAAAGAAGCGAAAGAGGACGAGGAAAAGCGAUCAUUGACAAGAAGUAACAAAAAACCCGAGGAUCGAGAAACGGCCGGAUUAACAACGCCGAAACGGGUUCGGAGCGACAGUCUCGAUCCGGCGAAACGCGUUAAAGAGAAAGCUGCUGCCUUAUCCGCGCAAAAGGAAAGCAAGACAAAAGAGGAGAAGGACCGGAUUAUAGGAACGCCUGUGUCAAUGAAAAAAGACCGAAAAAAAGACAAGGGGUCAGAUAGCGAGGAAAGUGAGGCCGAGGUGGUACCUGCUACGCGUAAAAACAUUCUUGAGCCACUCCGUGUGAACGACCGAAUCAGAGUGAAGUAUGGGCACGGAAAGCAGCAUAAAGUGUACGAAGCAAAAGUGCUGAAAAUUGAAGAUGUUGAAGGAGAUUCGGGCGAAAAGAAGUUCUUUGUUCAUUAUACAGGAUGGAACAACCGUUACGACGAGUGGAUCCUUAAAAAGAGAAUUCUAGAGAAUAUCACCCACAAGUUAGAUAAGAGCAGGGCUGGCUCGGUGACUGCCAAAAAAGCUUCUGCCCCGUCAGCAGCGUCCAGUGAAGGUGAGAAACAUGAUGAUAAAGAGUCAUCUUCGUCGUCGAGUGAAAAGGGUGAUGGCAAAUUAAGUGAAUCCAGUAAAGAUUUAAAAGACAAAGAUAUUCCAUCCAGUAAAGAUGCUACAGGAAGUGGAUCUGCCAAGAAAAAGGAAGAAGACCCUUCUGAAGAACCCAGAAAGCGUCGAGGUAAGCCGCCAAAGAAGUUUGCGGAAUCCAGUUUCGAAGUGCAUAUUCCAACCAGAAAAGAUACAACAUCACAGGCCAAGGAUAGCAAAGACAAAGAUGCGAGUAAGUCUGCGAGCGACAAUGGUGGCGUCAAAAAAGAAGAGGAUACUAAAGAGAAAGAAAGCGUUAGCAAGAAGUCUGAGGCAGUCAGUAAAGACAUGAAGGAAGAGAAAAGCAAAGCCGCCAAAGACGAAAAAGUAAGUAAAGAUUGCAAGGACCCACCAGUCAUCGUCACGGGCCCCUGUGUUGCACAAACGAAAUCUGGAGCAAAGGAGGAACGAAAGGAGGCCCCAGUAGCCGAAAGCCCCGCGCCCGCUCCCGUGAAGAAGCUCGUCGAGGUGAGUCCCGAGCAUGCCGCACGGGUGUUCGCUGUCAAGUCAAAACCGCCCGAGUCGGUUCCUCCAUCUGUCUCCGCCUCCGUCCAAGGAACUGCGGGGGUUUCGAUCACCCUCCAUGUUGCUGGCCCCGUUUCAGAAAAGAGCAAAGAGCGCGAGCUGUCGUUGGCCGCUGGCUCCAAAGAAAAAGAAUCGAAGGACAUUAUGCCAGCUGAUACGAAAAAGGAGCGGCCAGCAGAGGACGAGCCGGCCCGUAAGGAGAAGCCAACGACGCCUAAGAGGCCCCGCUUGGCCAAGCGAAAGAAGCCGGUUACGCCCUCAAGUGAAAAAACGGAUAAGGUGCAGAAGGCUGACAGAACGGAGGACAAAUCGGACGGAAGUGCACCUGCAGACAAGAGUAUUGUGAACCAGGCGUCUUCAACAGUCAAGACGCAGGUUGAAGAAACACGACAGGCCAGUUCCAUAAUUAAGGCCGAACAGUCGGAAGGCGAGGAUACCGAUAUCGAAAAGGAUCCGAUCGUGCCCACUUUGUUGCCCCUCCCCACAACAGCCAGUGGUAUUGCAGCCAGCUCAAAAGAAUCACAAUCAGUAGAAGACGAUGAGGCUGAUGAGGAGACUCUUAAGGCCGGUGGGGGAGGGCCUGAGGAAGAGGCAAGUACCGAAGUCGAAGAAGGCCAUCUCGAGGACUCACUAGCGGACAAUCAAUCGAUGAAUCUCGACGAGAGCGGGAUCGAGGCCCUGGAACAAGAGGCCCCCAUUCCGCCUCCAAUCACAAGUGAAGAUACUGUGCCGAGGGCAGCUUCUCCAGCUGCUACUUCAACCCCUGCGCUAGUGGAAGAAAAGCGAGCAGCCUCUAGGACGUCACUCGAGGGCGUUGCGAGCCCAGUUACUACAAAGACUCGUAAGCCUCGCGGCAGAAGAGUAUCUGAAUGCCGGGAUGAAGACCGCGACGUAUCAGAGACAAAAGAUAAGGAUCCUAAAGAUAAAAAGGAUACAGCGAAGGCCGCAGACAAGGAUGAAAAAUUGGAAGAGAAAAAGGCCGUGGUUGCUACAAAGUCUCGAGCACGGAAAACAUCUGAAAGCCAAAUAGAUGAAGACACCGUAAUUGUUAAAAAGAGAGCACGAAAGGCGUCAGAGAUGACCUUAAGCCCUGCAGCUAAGGUAAUUUCGCCGCAAAAAGAUGAAUGCAAAACAGCGGAAGUCGCCAGCGUGGCUGUUUCCAAUGCCAAAAUCACUGCCGAGGAGCCUAAAGAGCUCGAGCCGAUCGUUAAGCAUGUUUUACAUACUUCCGAAGAGAAAUGUACUGAACAGGCCCGAACAGAGACCAUUCCCGUAAGGCAAGAAUCUCAGCCCAGUGCUUUGCGCCAAGUUUCCAAAGAAGUGAGUAGUAUCCCUAGUAAUUUAAGCCUCGAAAAGGAUAAACUUAAGGACACCAAGGAAAAGCCUGUAAAGGAGAUGAAAGACAAGAGCAGGGAUAGCGGUCCUAGUGAGGGGCGUAUGGAAGCUACACCCGUUCAUUAUUUGCCCAAGAAACGACGAAUUCAACAAAAGCUUGACGAGGAAGCCAGCACAUUACCUGCAGUUGUUGUUGCGAAGAAAUCUAGGAUUGAGGAGCAAUUUAACAUUGAAAUAACGGUUAAACAGGAAUCAAAGGAAGCGGAUGCUGUAAGCGACACCUCUGAGGAGAAGAUGCAAAUUGCCGAAGAUACCGAAGACGGCGGCGAUGAGGGUACAGUUGGCGAGGAGCCUGACACAAAGAAGCUAGACAAGUUCUCUAAUGGAAGCAGUAAAGAGAAUAAGACUGCUGGGCUCAAUAAAGAAUCAACGAGCAAAACGAUAGGCGGCGACAGCAAAGAUAAAGAGAGUAUAGCUAACAAAGAAUCCAAAGAAAAGGAACGCCGUGAGGAAAAAGAGCGGGCAGCUGCUGGAGAUGCUCUCGCAGCUUUGGCACAUGCUUGUGGCGAGGCAGAAGCGGCUGAGGAGAAUGAAGGGCCAUCUGAAGCCGUCGGUAAAGAAAUCAAGCGUGAAGACCAUGAACCUGAAAGAGAAGGUGAGGGUGCGGAUGGAGGAGAGCAGGCUGGAGGCUUGUUUCUCAUUUGUGAGGAGAAUGUUCUUCCAGAGAGUCCCGUGCCACACAAUCACGGUCAGGCAAACCAUGGAGACAACCAAGAUGGUGCCGGGCCUGCUGAUGGGGUAGUUGUGUUGGGAGGUGGUCGUCUUGGUGAAAUGCCACCUGCGUGCUGCGUAACAGAAGUGACCCCCCCUACAACGCCGGACGAUUCGCAAUCAUCAGGCAACAGUCACCACAGCAACAACAAUAUUAAUAAUAAUAAUAGUAGCAACAACCUCAGCAACAAUACAGGGAGCAGUAGCACCGAUAUCAUGGGUCGAAGCCAGCACGUGGUUAACCCUUCAGUGGGAGCUGAAGUGGCGACAGCCGGGGGCGGUGUUCCAGUAAUACCUUCUGAUCGGCGAGUCGUCAUUGCCACAAAUGUGAACGAUAAAAACAGCGAUAAAGCAGGUGAACAGAGAGUUCGUGGAGCUCCGACAAGCCACGGAACGGCCGGAAACACAGCAGGGGGUGUGGAUGAGGAGAGUACGAUGUCGGCAGAUAGCAGCGACUCAGCAAGGCAGUCUUCAGCUGUGGAGCGUGAACGAGAGAAGUCGGUUCGCGGUGGUAAGGGUAGCCUUAGCGGCGGGACCCGAGGUGGACGCGUAAAGCGGACUCGCAAGACCUUGCGGCAGAAGGCGCAACAGGGACAGGCGCAGCGUCGGGCUGGAGCUGAAAGAGCGCGUAGCCCAACCGAUGGUCAUCUAUUUUCCGGAGGACUACGGGGGUCCGACCGCGAUGGAGCGCCACCAGGCAGUGGCCAGGGAGGCGCAGGUCAGCUCAGCCGUCACGCCGGCCUUCUCUGCACGCAGAUGCCGCCAAAUUACGAUCCUGCGAAGCCGCCACGAUUCAAUUUUAGCCUUUCGAUAGAUGGUAUUGAAGAUUCAGAGGAACGAAUUUCGCUUAUCCAGGAUCGGCUGUGUGAUCUUAAGAAGAAGUACAUGGAACUCAAGACUGAGGUAGCCCUUAUUGAUCGGAAAAGAAAGCGUAUUCGGAGACGAGAGGCAGCUCGAGCAGAAAACAAUAUUUCAAAUUCACCUCGGCCUCACCCUUCGCCACUGCGAACUGCAAAUGAAGACUGAUAAUAAAUGCUGACACGCCGUAGGAGGCAUCAACAAAUCUGGACAAAUCGACACAUUUCAUGUUCUCGAGCAACGGUGGAACGUAUUGUGUCGGAGCCUUUUGUACAGAGCGAACUCGAAAGAGACGAAAAACGAGAGAUUAACUAUGCUAUUAGAUAGUGCCUGGGUUAACCAUUAUAUCCUGCUUGGUCAGGUCUAAUGGCCACCCAUGUAUAAAUCAGUAAGUAUUCUGUGUACAUUCGGAGUUAACUUCUAUGUCUAUAUAACAUGGUAUAUACAUAACAGGCAUACGCUCAGCACAGUAUAACACCAGGGCAGCAUGUAGUGGGCCUUGAGCGGUUGUAGGGGAGUUAGUAGUGGAUGUGUGGUAAGAUGUGUACAUACCCUUGUAUUUACAUGGUCAAGAAGGCAGUGCGUUAAUAUUACCAUAAAUUAUUAUUGACAUUACCAUUGGACUCGUGGUGAAAGCAUAGGCAACAGCUCAGGUUAUAGUGGACCUAACUCAUAGGGCAAACAAUUGCAAACAAGUUAACCAGUUUGCCAGCUGAUUAGCUCAAUUAAUACGACGUGUUACGCACGCAGUUGCUUGUGCGUGUUGACUUAUUUUUCUUAACGGUGAAACCAUACGUACAUUUAGUGAUGAGCGAAAUCCGCUUCAAAGUGUAAAGAGGCGCAAUAAAGGAUACCUAUUAUUUUUUCCUUACGUUGGGUCCGAUGUGCUAAUGGUAGUACAAGAUAAUCUGAUUUGUGGCAGAUUCGUUACAAAAUAUAUAGAAUGCGUGACUGUAAAACAGUCAGAUUAUUUUCAACUUGCGAUUGAAGACGCGUGAAGAAGCAUCUACUGUUAUUAAGCAUUAUGUGUAUAUGUAUGAAAACAGAUUAUAUUAACACUGCUAUUUAUUGUAGUAUUUUCGUUGGUUUUUAUUAUUUCAUUAAUGUAUAUUAACAGUUUUGAAAACGCGCGGUUGUGGUUGCUGCUUAUAAAGGGUGCGUAUAUAUACCCAAUUGACAAAUGAACAUCUGUUUGUGAAGGGCAAUAAACAAGAGAAAAGAAAUUGUCUUUAAUAGUACUUUGUAAAGUCAUCUCCAAUGUAAUCAACUUUUGAGAGUUUGAUAUUCGGUGUUGAUAAUCCACACACAAAAAGGUGGUUUAUUGAUUAGUAAGAUCUAUUACAUGGGCGCCGAUAACGGCUGAACUUGUCUCAAAGGAAAAUGUUAUUAAAAAUGGAGGUUUUUUUACGAUGGAGGCUUCAAGGCCUGCCGACUAUCACUACUGUUUAGUAAAAUUCAAGCGAAUUCAUAAACACUGUGCAAAACGAAGCUCGACGAGUGAAUUGAGAAGCCAAACAACUAUAUUUCUACGGCAUGAUAGGAUAAGAUGCGUACAUUUAGCUUAUAUAAGCAAUACGUCGUGUAAAGUUUACAUGGGGCGUAAAGGGUGCAAAAUUGUACAGGAUAGAAACAAAAAGCGAACAAAAAAGAACCGAAACCCGCGUGUCGAAAAGAAUAUUUGUUUCAAAGGCCAGAUCUCAAGAUCGACGUGUCGUGUAGCGUAGAGCUCGCAGGUUAACACAGCCUAACAGAUGAGCGACCGUAACAUGGAUGCGUGAGUAUUAUGAUUGAAAAAAGAUUUUGAAACCGCCACUAUUAGAGCAAACCUGUAUAUACAUGUGAAUGUGUCAACGGAUCCGAAUCAGGGUCUUAUGCUAAAGCGGCAAAUCGACCAGCGAAUCUAGGUACUAUAAAGCCAUAAAAGAAUUAGACAAUUGAUAAAUUAACCGCAAGCUUAACCACCGAACACAGUUAUAAAUUCAAGCUAUCGUGUAUUCAGCUUAAUUUUUAUAUGCAAAUAGUGCUCUAAAAAUAAAAUUUUGUUCCGCAAAUGCGCCAUCCGUUACUUUUAGAAAUGCAAAAUGUCGCUUCCUCAUGUAUUCCUUUUUGAAAACCGACUCGCAGAUGUUCGAAAAUGCAUUACAGGCUAAUUCUUGGAAUGUAUGGCGUAGACCUACGGUCCAUCAAUGUGUAUCGUCGUGUUUAUAUUUAUGUAACAGAGCUAUAGUCUGUCUACUCUCGUCAUUUUUAUCCUAAAGUGGGCAAGUCUUGAUGUUUCCUUUACUUUUGGUUGCGAUAAAUACAAAGUUUUUUGCUGCUGUUGCUGCUUAUAUGUAAAUCGUGACACAACGACAACUAGAGAAAAAUAGACUCGAAUAUAUUUCAGUUUGAUAGAUUUGUAUAUUAACGGAGACUCACCUUGCCUGUUAAAGAUUGAUUACAAUAUAACUGUAUAUCUCAAAGGAAAAACCUAUAAAAAUUUUAAUAAAAGGAUAUGUAAAAUAUUAAAACUUAAGUAAACUUAUUUGAGCAAUAGCUUCGCUAUUGAUUUGCUUAAUAAGAACGGAUUCAUUGUGUAGUUAUCGAUGCCUAUAUCUUAACGUAUACAGCAAUAACAUGAUAUCACAUGGAGCUUGACCCUAUUUACUCUACGUAUUAUAUGGUC